AUGCAUUAUACUACAUGGGCUCAAGUAAUCAUAAAUGAAUUAGCAGAUAUUAACACACCACCUAGUCAUGUAAUAUUUAUAUUACCAUCUAAAGUUAGAGGAAUAUCUAAUUCUAGUCAACUUUCAUUACAAUCAUUAUUACAACCAGAUUUACAACUGUUAUUACAAUUAAAUUUACAAAUACUUUUACAAAUAUCUUUACAAAUACCUACAUAA